CCAACCACCAUAUCGAUCUAUUAUUAUCCGGUUUCAGUUCCAGAAAAGUAACAGUUCUCUACUUUCUUUCCCUGGUUUUGUUUCAGAAGACCAAAAGGGGAGUGAGCUUUCAAUUUCCGUUUUCAAAAAGCUGAGAGGGAGAGAGAGACAAAGGAAGGCCGCGCCGCCGGGAGAAAGCUGGAAUCAAAGAAAGCGGUUUGACUUCCCCGCCGGCGGGAACAUAAUUUUCGUCCAGAAGGUUAGCUCUAUUAUACAGUCGAGCACAAAUGAGCGCCAACUCGCGUGGGACUCGGCCCACGCGCGGCCGCAAUCCUCCGCCACACCACGGGCCGCAGCCGGAGGUCUACAACAUAAUCCCAAUCCACGACCUCCUCACGGACCACCCGUCCCUCCGCUAUCCGGAAGUACGAGCCGCGGCGGCGGCGCUGCGCGCAGUCGGCGACCUCCGGAAACCGCCGUUUCUCCCCUGGGAGCCGCACUACGACCUCCUGGACUGGCUCGGCUUGCUAUUCGGCUUCCAGCGCGACAGCGUGCGGAACCAGCGAGAGCACUUGGUCCUCCACCUCGCCAAUUCGCAAAUGCGGCUCCAGCCGCCGCCGUCGUUGCCGGACGCCCUGGACCCCACCGUUCUCCGCCGCUUCCGCCGGAAGCUACUUACGAACUACACCUCCUGGUGCUCGUACAUCGGCAGGAGGUCCCAGCUCAUCCUCUCCGGCCGGCCUAGCAGCGACGACAUAAUCCGCCGCGAACUGCUCUACGUCGGGCUCUACCUUCUAAUUUGGGGCGAAUCUGGAAACCUAAGGUUCAUGCCGGAGUGUCUCUGCUACAUCUACCACCACAUGGCCAUGGAGCUCAACCAAUUCCUCGACGAGUGGACCGAUCCAGAAACCGGUAGGGCUUUCCUCCCUUCAAUCUCCGGCGAGUGUGCGUUUCUGAAAUCGGUAAUUAUGCCUAUUUAUCGGACGGUGAAGUCCGAAGUGGACAGCUCCAGGAACGGGACGAAGCCCCAUUCCGCUUGGAGAAACUACGACGACUUGAAUGAAUUCUUCUGGAGUCGGAGGUGCUUCAGGAAGCUGAGAUGGCCUUUGAAUUUCAGUAGCAAUUUCUUCGAUACGGUGGAUAAGAUUCAUAGAGUUGGCAAGACUGGUUUUGUAGAGCAGAGGUCGUUCUGGAACUUGUUUCGGAGCUUCGAUAAGCAGUGGGUACUGCUGAUUCUGUUUCUGCAAGCAAGCAUUAUCAUUGCUUGGGAGCAGACUAAGUAUCCUUGGCAUGCAAUUGAGCGAAGAGCAGUCCAAGUUAAGCUUCUGAGUUGCUUCAUUACAUGGAGUGGGUUGAGAGUUCUGCAAGCUGUGCUAGAUGCUGGAACUCAGUACAGCCUUGUCACUAGGGAGACAUGGUUGUUGGGGCUGCGAAUGAGCUUGAAGUUUGUGGUGGCAGUGGCAUGGACAGUUGUGUUUGGGGUCUUUUAUGGGAGGAUAUGGAGCUCGGGGAGUUCCAACGAAGCUGACCAGAGGAUCACUAUGUUUCUCCAAGCUGUGCUGGUCUUCGUUAUCCCGGAAUUGCUUGCCAUUCUGCUCUUCAUACUCCCAUGGAUUCGAAAUGCCAUUGAAGAAUGGGAUUGGAGUUUUGUAUACUUGUUCACGUGGUGGUUUCAUACCAGAACAUUCGUAGGCCGGGGACUUCGAGAAGGGCUCGUCGACAAUGUCAAGUACACUGUGUUCUGGAUACUGGUUUUAGCUUCAAAGUUUGUGUUCAGCUACUUCCUCCAGAUCAAGCCGAUGGUUGCUCCGACGAAGGCGAUUCUCAAGGUCAACAUUUUUCAGUAUAAGUGGCAUGAGUUCUUUGGCCAUAGCAAUCGAGUUGCAGUGGUAGUAAUGUGGAUGCCUGUGAUGCUGAUCUACUUCACCGAUUUGCAAAUUUGGUAUGCCAUCUUCUCCUCUUUUGUUGGAGCCACCGUAGGCUUGUUCUCCCACUUGGGCGAGAUAAGGAACAUUGGUCAGCUCAGACUCCGGUUCCAGUUCUUCGCCAGCGCAAUGCAGUUCAAUCUAAUGCCCGAGGAGCAACUUCUCGGCCCGAAGAUGAACCUAGUGAAGAAGCUUCGAGACGCGAUUCACAGAUUGAGACUCAGAUAUGGGUUCGGCCAACCUUACACGAAGAUUGAGUCAAGCCAGGUGGAGGCCACAAGGUUUGCAUUGAUAUGGAACGAGAUCAUGAUGGCUUUCAGGGAAGAGGAUUUGAUCAGUUAUAAAGAGCUCGAGCUCCUGGAGCUUCCGCCGAACUGCUGGAACGUUAGAGUGAUUCGCUGGCCCUGUGUUCUUCUCUGCAAUGAGCUACUGCUAGCUCUGAGUCAGGCGCUCGAGCUGGCUGAAGCACCCGACAGUUGGAUUUGGUUGAAGAUCAGUCAGAGCGAGUACCGGCGCUGCGCUGUGAUCGAGGCAUAUGAUUGCAUCAGGUAUUUGUUGCUUUCGGUGGUGAAGUAUGGUUCAGAAGAGAACUCCAUUGUUGGGAAGUUCUUCAACGAGGUAGAUGGUCACAUUCAAAUCGGAAAGUUUGCAGAGAAUUACAACAUUUGCCUGCUUCCCAAGAUACACUCCAAGGUAAUACAAUUAGUUGAGCUUCUGAGGAAACCCAGGAAAGAUGAGAGGGAAACUGUUGAUGUAUUGCAGGCAUUGUACGAACUUUGUGUUCGUGAGUUCCCAAAGUUGAAGAGGUCCAUUCCCGAGCUGAGAAAUGAUGGUUUAGCCUCCCAGCGUGAAACAGAGCUGCUCUUUGAGAAUUCUGUUCAGUUCCCCGACGCUGAAGAUGAGUUCUUCAAUCGACAGCUGAGGCGUGUGCACACAAUUCUCACGUCACGAGAUUCCAUGCACGACGUUCCUAAGAACAUCGAGGCAAGACGACGAAUUGCUUUCUUCAGCAAUUCUCUGUUCAUGAACAUGCCACGUGCCCCAAAUGUCGAGAAGAUGAUGGCGUUCAGCGUGCUGACACCUUACUAUGACGAAGAGGUUUGUUUCGGUAAAGAGAAUCUUCGCACUCCGAAUGAGGAUGGAAUCUCGAUCCUGUUUUAUCUGCAGAAGAUCUAUGAGGACGAGUGGAGGAACUUCAUGGAGAGAAUGAAGAGGGAAGGAAUGGAGGACGAGGAUGAUGUGUGGGACAAGAAAUCAAGGGAGCUUCGUCUUUGGGCUUCGUACAGAGGGCAGACAUUGUCGCGAACUGUUAGAGGGAUGAUGUAUUAUUACAGGGCUCUGAAGAUGCUUGCCUACCUUGAUUCGGCCUCUGAGGUUGAUAUUAGGGCGGGAACGCAGGAGAUUGCUUCUCAUCAUUCAUCGAGGAGGAACAACCGACAGUUGGGUGAUGAUGGUCUGAACUCUGCCGGAGGGGGAGGAGGAGAGAGACCAUCAUUGAGGAAGCUGGGCAGAGCAACGAGCACCGUAGGGCUCUUGUUCAAGGGACACGAGUAUGGGAGCGCGCUCAUGAAGUUCACCUACGUUGUUGCUUGUCAGGUCUACGGGCAGCACAAAGCCAAGGGUGAUCCUCGAGCCGACGAGAUCCUCCACCUCAUGAAGAACAACGAGGCGCUUCGAGUUGCGUACGUCGACGAGGUCCACUUGGGGAGAGAUGAAGUCGAGUACUACUCCGUCCUGGUGAAGUACGAUCAAGAACAGCAGAGAGAAGUCGAGGUAUACCGUGUCAGGCUGCCCGGUCCUCUCAAGCUCGGGGAAGGGAAGCCCGAGAAUCAAAACCAUGCAUUCAUCUUCACUCGCGGAGAUGCAGUUCAGACCAUCGACAUGAACCAGGACAACUCCUUCGAGGAAGCUCUCAAGAUGAGGAAUCUGCUGGAGGAGUUCAAGGUACAUUAUGGAAUCAGGAGGCCGACGAUCUUGGGUGUUCGUGAGAACAUCUUCACCGGUUCGGUUUCCUCUCUUGCCUGGUUCAUGUCUGCUCAGGAGACGAGCUUUGUGACUCUUGGCCAGCGAGUUCUGGCGAAUCCUUUGAAGAUUAGGAUGCAUUAUGGUCAUCCGGAUGUGUUUGACCGGUUCUGGUUCAUGCCACGUGGCGGGGUCAGCAAGGCUUCUAGGCUGAUCAAUAUCAGUGAGGAUAUAUUUGCUGGGUUCAACUGCACCCUUCGAGGAGGCAAUGUGACUCAUCAUGAAUAUAUACAGGUGGGCAAAGGCCGGGAUGUCGGAUUGAACCAGAUAUCAAUGUUUGAAGCCAAGGUAGCAAGUGGCAACGGCGAGCAGAUAUUAAGCCGAGACGUCUACAGACUAGGCCACAGAUUGGAUUUCUUCCGAAUGCUCUCGUUCUACUACACUACAGUUGGCUUCUUCUUCAACACAAUGGUGGUCGUACUAACCGUCUACUCCUUCCUCUGGGGCCGUCUCUACCUCGCUCUCAGCGGCAUAGAAGGCUACGCCAUGGAAACUAGCAAGAACAACAAGGCCUUCGGCGUAAUCCUGAACCAGCAGUUCUUCCUCCAGAUUGGCCUCUUCACCGCCCUCCCAAUGGUGGUUGAAAACUCCCUCGAGCAUGGCUUUCUUCCUGCCGUCUGGGACUUCUUGACCAUGCAGCUCCAACUGGCAUCUGUCUUCUACACUUUCUCCAUGGGCACCCGAGCCCAUUUCUUCGGCCGGACCAUCCUUCACGGUGGUGCCAAGUACCGUGCCACUGGCCGCGGGUUCGUGGUCCAGCACAAGAGCUUCGCUGAAAAUUACAGGCUCUACUCUCGGAGUCACUUCGUCAAGGCUAUUGAGCUCGGUGUGAUUCUCAUAGUCUACGCAGCUCACAGCCCCAUGGCACAGGACAGCUUUGUUUACUUGGCGAUGACGUUAUCGAGCUGGUUCCUCGUCUUGUCGUGGAUCAUGGCCCCGUUCGUAUUCAACCCAUCAGGAUUUGACUGGUUAAAGACGGUAUAUGACUUUGAGGACUUCUUGAAUUGGAUAUGGUACAAAGGUGGCGUGUUCACCAAGGCAGAGUACAGUUGGGAGACCUGGUGGUACGAGGAACAGGACCAUUUGCGAACCACGGGACUCUGGGGUAAGCUCUUAGAGAUCAUCCUCGAUCUCCGGUACUUCAUGUUCCAAUACGGCGUCGUGUACCAGCUCAACAUCACCGGCGGGAAGACCAGCAUUUCAGUUUACCUGCUGUCAUGGAUUUACAUGAUCGCGGUGAUGGGGAUCUAUGUCGUGAUGAUGUACGCUCAAGAGAGAUUUGCGGCGAAGGAGCAUAUCAAGUACAGGCUGACACAGCUCGUGGUGAUCUCAAUGACCGUGCUUGUACUGACUCUAUUGUUGGACUUUACGUCGUUCACGUUGCUGGAUUUGGUCAGCAGCAUGCUGGCGUUUGUGCCCACAGGGUGGGGGCUGAUAAGCAUUGCUCUCGUGCUGAGGCCUUUUUUGGAGUCUACAGUGGUUUGGGAUACGGUGGUUUCGUUGGCGAGGAUUUAUGAUCUGCUGUUUGGAGUGAUUGUGAUGGCCCCCGUGGCGUUGUUGUCGUGGUUGCCUGGGUUUCAGGCCAUGCAGACGAGGAUUCUGUUCAACGAGGCCUUUAGUAGGGGCCUGCAGAUUUCCAGGAUUCUUAGUGGGAAGAAAACUAAUUGAUGGGUCAAGCAAGCUAAGGUAAGCGACGUAGUUCUUUGUGCUGUGUUGUUUUAACAGACCAGGUCAUGGGUGACAAUUGCUCUGAAAGGAACAGCCCUUUGAAAAUGGCAGAUCUUUUUUCUGGAUGGGAAGACAUAGCUCACAUUUCACUGGGGGCACUGGGGGCACUGAUGUUUUUGUGCCCACAGGGUGGGGGCUGAUAAGCAUUGCUCUCGUGCUGAGGCCUUUUUUGGAGUCUACAGUGGUUUGGGAUACGGUGGUUUCGUUGGCGAGGAUUUAUGAUCUGCUGUUUGGAGUGAUUGUGAUGGCCCCCGUGGCGUUGUUGUCGUGGUUGCCUGGGUUUCAGGCCAUGCAGACGAGGAUUCUGUUCAACGAGGCCUUUAGUAGGGGCCUGCAGAUUUCCAGGAUUCUUAGUGGGAAGAAAACUAAUUGAUGGGUCAAGCAAGCUAAGGUAAGCGACGUAGUUCUUUGUGCUGUGUUGUUUUAACAGACCAGGUCAUGGGUGACAAUUGCUCUGAAAGGAACAGCCCUUUGAAAAUGGCAGAUCUUUUUUCUGGAUGGGAAGACAUAGCUCACAUUUCACUGGGGGCACUGAUGUUUCGUACCCCUCGUAAGACGAGUCAUUAACAAGACAACAAGGUAAGUUCCCCCCCCCCCCCCCCCCCCCCCCCCCCCAACUCUAGCCUUUCAAAUUAUCCUUUACUAUUGGGCUGUGAUUUCUGAACUGUUGAGAAUGCUGUUCUUGACUUGCAGGGCACCCAAAACCUGCCAUUGACCGUGGAAGAGAUGUAGAAUUUACAAUGAUUUCUCUGUGUUCGAAUGCUUACAAACUCGCCUGCCGUUGGAUGAAUCUGCAUUCAGAUUUCUGAUCCAUGUUCAAGAGCCUGCUGGUUUUCCCUGUCCAAUUGGGCGUUGUUCAUAUUCUGGUACUACUCUCCCACUUAUUUCAGUCCUUCCUACACCGAAAUUGUAUGAAGUUCUCGCAUCCUCUGUAUAUCACGUAGCAUUACUAGCGGUUAAGGUUGUACAUUACUAGAGAAGGACUAGGUAGCUAAUUCCUUUUGUUAGUAAUAGCCCAAAAGGUCAAUGUUGAAACAAACCAGCUAGCUAGUUCAGCAGCUCUCAGUGAAUUGUAAAUGAUUUUGAUUCAAAGAGCUGUUAGUGAAUUGUUACGGAUCAAAGAAGAGAUACAUAGUUGCAUGAUUCCUAUGAGUUGAGUGUCGAAGAACCCGGCAUGGAUUGAAUGAACAUCAGUCCGGUGA